UUGCUUUUAUCGAAUUCCUAUGAUUGCGAAAAACUCAAGUCACCAGGUCUCAUCGUACAUCGCUUUAUUACCAACUCAUUGAUCCCGAUGUAACUCGUUUGAACAAAAAAACCCAUAACUCGCUAUGGGAUACAAAGAAUUCGUUGGACUGUCCAUCAAUCGAUACCUCAAUUACUACCUAAAACUUCUUGGUCUGUGUCCAUUUGACGUUGAUGAUGAGGAUGUCCUGGUGCGGUCGAAGGUUCUCACGAUGUACACAUGCUUCCUCUGCAUGAUCUUCACAUUUAUGUACUUGCAUGUGAUAACUUGGAGGAUGUUCUUCAUGUUCGCCUGCGAGACACCCAUCAGCGUCAUCUCCGACACCAUCAGCUCGACUCUGGAGUUUCUGACGGUGAUGGCAGUCUGGAUCAAUGGAGUGACGUCUCAAAAUCUUUUGAGGAACAUCAUCACGAGUUUCAAAAUUGUUGCGAAUUCCUUGCAACAGUUUGAAGGCGAUGACGGGUACCUGGAGAUCCUGAGGAAGACCAAUUUUGUGCUCCUGUUGAUGAACGUUGUGUACAUCCUGGCAGGAAUUUACACCGACUCCGUAAGGUCCCACUCGGCUAUUAUUAAUUUGACGAUAUGGAAUUUGUUUAAUUACUUACGAAUGCCAGCGCACAUCAUCACAGUGGUCUUUGUCAGUACAUUAAUAUUAGUUAAACAUCAAUUCCGUCUGGCUAAUAAAUCUGUGAGCAAGGUAUCCACGAGGAUCAACUCAUCGUUGAAGAUUGAUAUUUUAUGCGAAAGGACUCAGUGUCGUGAUGUGGAAGUGAAUCGUCUUCGAGCACUUGCUCAGGUUUACACAGACAUUCGUGAAAUUCUGAAAAUGGUGGAAAUUUAUUUUCGAGCGCCGAUUUUAUUUUUCUUGUUGACACACUUCAUUAACAUAGCAUCGUACUUUUACGUUAUCUGUUUGCAUUUGAAGAAAGGAUCGGCGGCAACAAUCACCCCCACAUUUCUUAUAUUUUUUCUGUGGCUAAUAAUUCAUAUUGUUGAAGUGUUGGCAACAACAGAGGCUGUCAAUUCCGUUGUUCAUCAGGGAAAUCAGACGGGAAAUUGUUUUCACCAGUUGAUUAACGAGCAUUAUCCAACUGAUGUCGUAGACGCUGUGAAGAUCAUAUCGUUACGAAUUCUUCAGGAGCCAAUGAAGUUUAGUUUGUAUGGACUCAUAGAUUUGAACCCAGGGCUGUUAUACAAAGUCUGUAGUGCCAUGACAACCUAUUUUGUCAUAAUGAUACAGCUCGACAUUCAGAAUAAUUCUGAUGAGAAUCAGUGUUGACUCCAAAUCCUAGAGAAAUUGUUUUUUUAAACAUUAGAUAAAUUCCAUAUCAAUUAAAUUAAAUAAUUCAUGCAUAUAAUUCCUUAAUUAAUUUACAUUCAUGACACUACUAGUGUUAACUGUGGUAUUAGAGUUUUUCAAUCGAUAGGAGAAUAAAAAUUGGAGAUAAAAAAUAUUAUCGAUGUGAUAUAAAAUAAUAACGACAAUAACUUCAUCUGUGAAUUUUAUGACAAAAUCGACUCGAGUUUGUGUCGCUCAGCUGUACUGAGCUGUCAUCGAGGUGAAGUCGGAAUCCUCGACGAUCAUCUAAUGAUCUAAUUCAAAAGAAAUAAAAAAAAAUGUUUCGUGUGAUAAUCCAACAAAUCAGUAACAAAAUUGUAAAACGAGAUAAGUCACUUAUAACAAUCGGCCCGUUUUUCGUGAAUAUCUCGAGACCUAAGACAGAUAUCGUAAUUUUUGUUAUUAACUUUUUUGUCAAACAAAUUGAGCUCUACAAUAAAUGUCAUGACAACAAUCGCGCUAUCUCUAUCAGGUUCGGAGAUAUUCCUUAAAACACAUCUCAAAGUCGACUUCUAUCUCGUUUUACCACUUUACUACUGAA